GCCGGAGGCCGUCGCUCGCGCAGGGGCGGCGGGUCGGGCGGCGCCGCCAGCUCUGCGGCUUGCUCGCGGUGGGCGAGGCGCGGGAGGCGGUGUUGCCGGCCGGCGCAGCUGGUUUGGAUUGCGGGAGGCAGGCGGGGGAGGAGCGCCGCAGGCGGGCGGGGCCGGCCGGGUGGCCGGGCCCUGCUGGGCGCAGAGCUGGCGAAGCUCUGCUGAGACCCGGCUCUGCGCGCCCGGGCGCAGCUGAUGCCCCCCGCGCUCCCCACUCUGCUACCACAGCAGAGCUGCAUCUGGACUGGCGGAGCCGACAUCAGGUCACCAUGCUGCUUGGGGCAUCUCUAGUGGGGGUGCUGCUGUUCUCCAGGCUGGUGCUGAAACUGCCCUGGACCCACGUGGGGUUCUCCCUUCUGUUCCUCUACCUGGGGUCGGGCGGCUGGCGCUUCGUCCGAAUCUUCAUCAAGACGGUCAGGCGCGAUGUCUUCGGCGGCAUGGUGCUCUUGAAGGUGAAGGCCAAGGUCCGCCGGUACCUGCAGGAGCGGCGCACGGUGCCCAUCUUAUUCGCUGCCACCGUCCAGCGCCACCCCGACAAGACAGCCCUGAUCUUUGAGGGCACAGACACACGUUGGACCUUCCGCCAGCUGGAUGACUACUCGAGCAGCGUGGCCAACUUCCUGCAGGCGCGGGGCCUGGCCUCGGGCGACGUGGCUGCCCUUCUCAUGGAAAACUGUAAUGAGUUCGUGGGCCUGUGGCUGGGCAUGGCCAAGCUGGGUGUGGAGGCGGCGCUCAUCAACACCAACCUGCGGCGGGACGCCCUGCGCCACUGCCUGACCUCCUCCCGCGCCCGGGCCCUCAUCUUUGGCAGCGAGAUGGCCCCAGCCGUGCUAGAGAUCCAUGCCAGCCUGGACCCCUCGCUCAGCCUCUUCUGCUCCGGUCCCUGGGAGCCCAGCGCAGUGCCCGCCGGCACGGAGCACCUGGACCCCCUGCUGGAAGAUGCCCCCAAGCACCUGCCCAGCCGCCCCAACAAGGGCUUUGUAGAUAAGCUCUUCUACAUCUACACGUCCGGCACCACGGGGCUGCCCAAAGCUGCCAUCGUGGUGCACAGCAGGUAUUACCGCAUGGCUGCCCUGGUGUACUACGGAUUCCGCAUGCGGCCGGACGACGUCCUCUAUGACUGCCUCCCCCUCUACCACACGGCAGGCAACAUCGUGGGCGUCGGGCAGUGCCUGCUCCACGGCCUGACGGUGGUCAUCCGGAAGAAGUUCUCCGCUUCUCGGUUCUGGGAUGAUUGUGUCAAGUACAACUGCACGAUCGUGCAGUACAUUGGCGAGCUGUGCAGAUACCUCCUCAACCAGCCACCCCGGGAGGCGGAAAAGCAGCACCGGGUGCGCAUGGCACUUGGCAAUGGCCUCCGGCAGUCCAUCUGGACCAGCUUUUCCAGCCGCUUCCACAUCCCCCAGGUGGCCGAGUUCUAUGGGGCCACUGAGUGCAACUGCAGCCUGGGCAACUUUGACGGCCAGGUGGGGGCGUGUGGCUUCAACAGCCGCAUCCUGUCCUUUGUGUACCCCAUCCGGCUGGUCCGUGUCAACGAGGACACUAUGGAGCUGAUCCGGGGACCCGACGGCGUUUGCCUUCCUUGCCGGCCAGGUGAGCCAGGCCAGCUGGUGGGCACCAUCGUCCAGAAGGACCCCCUGCGGCGCUUCGACGGCUACCUCAACCAGGGCGCCAACAAUAAAAAGAUCGCCAAGGAUGUCUUCAAGAAGGGGGACCAGGCCUACCUCACUGGCGACGUGCUGGUGAUGGACGAGCUGGGCUACCUGUACUUCCGGGACCGCACGGGGGACACGUUCCGCUGGAAAGGCGAGAACGUGUCCACCACCGAGGUGGAGGGCACGCUCAGCCGCCUGCUGAACAUGGCCGACGUGGCCGUGUAUGGUGUGGAGGUGCCAGGAACCGAGGGUCGGGCUGGCAUGGCCGCUGUGGCCAACCCCACUGGCAGCUGCGACCUGGAGCGCCUUGCCCAGCUCCUGGAGAAGGAGCUGCCCCUGUACGCGCGCCCCAUCUUCCUGCGCCUUCUGCCUGAGCUGCAUAAAACAGGUCUGUCCCCCCACCGCCACCACCGACUUGCGCUCGCAGGGGCCAGGCCCAGGCCCGUUCCUGGGCCUUCUGGAAAGACCAGAGUGGCUGUCGUUCCGCGUGUGUCCACCCCCCACGCCCCACCCCCGCGGCCUUGCUGGGAGGUUGGUAACCUGACCUUCCUGUGCAGCCCCAGCCUUCAGCAGCCCAUCUUUGCAAAACAAAUGCCGAUUGAGUGCCUAGUCUGCUCGGGGCACUGCGGCUAAGCCUUGGGGAUAUAGGUGACAAAUUCCGGCAGGACCUCUUGGAGCUUCUAGAGCAGUAGGGGAGGCAGCCACAGGAUAAGGAAUUUCAAAGAUAAAGAUGGAAUGGAGGUCACUGACCGAAAGGUGAAUGAGGUGGGCUGGGAUUGACUGGGAGGCUCCCCGGAGGAGGUGUGGGUUUGGCUGAGACCUGAAUGAGAGAGGGGACUUUGUGGGGGUGGCAGGCAUUGGGGGUGUGGGAACAGCCAGUGUGGAGUCCCUGAGGCCAGAGAGCGCUUGGGGGCUCGAGGAGGGAAAGGAGGCCCUGAAGCUGGAGCCAGUGAGGAGUGGGCAGCGGUGUGGGGUGGGACAGAGGGGGCUGCAGGGGCCUCAUGUCGGGGGCGGUGGGAGAGGGCACGGACUCGGCCAGGGGCAGUAGGGAGCCACAGAAGUGUGUGAGCAGGGUCGUGACCUGGUCAGAUUCGAGUGCUGCAGAUGGCCCUGGGGGUGGGGGUGGGGUGAUAAAAAAGGGGCCAUGCUCACCCAGGGAGGGGUGAACAGGGGGUCCACUGGCACAUGGCACGGGGGUGUCAUCUCUGUCCCCUGCUGACUCUCAGGAGUUCCCCAAUGGGCAGGAAGCAUGGAGGCUCGUGCCCAGCCCUCCCCUCUGCUCUCCUCGGUCCUUGCUGUCCCUCCCGGCUCCCCGCCACUGCUCAGCUUCUCCUGGCCGCUCAGCCUGAGGCCCUGUCUGCCUGGCUGCCCCAGGGGACCGUGAUGUCAGCUCUGCCUUGGCGGAGGGCCUCCCUUGACUCAUGUGGGUGCACCUGAGGCAGUGGGAGGGUCCGACGAGGGUGCUCAUCCUGCACCAGCCUGAGGGCUCCCUGAGGACCAAACGACCACUGUCACUUCUUUUUUUUUUUUUUUUUUUCUUUUUUUUGGCUUUUUAGGGCUUCACCCGUGGCAGCAUAUGGGCGUUCCAAGGCUAGGGGUCAAAUCGCUGGCCUACGCCAGAGCCACAGCAACCGGGGAUCCAAGCCGCGUCUGCCGCAGCUCACGGCAAUGCCGCAUCCUUAACCCACUGAGCGAGGCCAGGGAUCGAACCCGCAUCCUCAUGAAUGCUCGUCUGGUUCCUUAACCGCUGAGCCGUGAUGGGAACUCCCACUGUCACUUCGGUGUCCAAGAGGGGCAGGGAAGCUGUCAGACCUCAGGCCUUGUUGCAGAACAAGCACCCCAAAUUUACUGAGGGCUCAAAACAGCCAUUUUAUUUGUUCACACUCUGUAGGUCAGCAAUUUGCAGUUAAGUUCAGCUGAGUGUUCUUCUCUUGGCGCCGCCUAGGGUUAAAGAGCUGCCAUUAGGUGUAAGGUGGCCUCCCUCUCGUGGGGCUGCCAGCUGGCUGGCUCUGCAGCAAGGCCCAUCAGAACUGCCUGCAGUGACAGACACGGUCACUCUUUGCACCCUCCAGCACAGCCCCCAGUAGCGACUGAGCGCCAGAAGUGGAACCCAUGUGACUGAGAAACUGCAUUUCAAAUUGUGUUUAAUUUUCAUUAGAUUUGCAUAGCUACGUCUGGCCAGUGACGCCCCUCUGGGCAGGGCCAGUCUAAGUGGCCUUUCCUGGGAUGGUGCAUCUUUGCUCUGUGUGGCUUCUCCUCCUCCAGAGGCUAGACGGGUCUUAGGGGUCUGCCACGAGGGUGGGGGUGGAAGCUGCAAGGCCCCUUGGGGCCUAGACCCCCGCAGAACAGCCACAGCACCGCUUCUGCCACCUUCUAGGAGGCAAAGCAUGUCGUAAGGCCAGUCUGGAUCCAAGGAAGGGUUGAGAAAGACUCCGACUCUUGCUGGGAGAAGUGGCCCAUCCCAUGUGGCAGAAGAAAACCAGGGCAGGGAUCCAGAGCCAUUUCCGGCAUCUCUCAUACCUGCCUUCAAAUCCCAGCUCCAGUGCUUCUGGGCUCUGUGACCUGGGCCCAGAGAUAGGCCUCUCUGAGCAUCCGUCUUCCAUCUGUACAGUGGGGCUAAUCCCAAGGACUGGAAGGUGCAUCAUUUACAUACUCUGCAGGGGAAACCGCUCCUGGCUGAGCUGUUUCAGAGAUGUUAAAAAUCUGAAAUCUUGCAUCUUAGAAUCCAGCUGCCCCUGGGGUUGAUGUGUGGGUUAAAUGAGGUCGCUUCUUUCUGCACCCGGGAAGUGCUCCUGCAAAGGGAGCCGAUUCGGGUCCUCACUCUGCUGUCGCUCAGCAUGUGGCUCUGGACACACAGCCUCCCCUCUUCAGGCCUCUGCCCCCCUGUCUGCAGGAGCCGGUGGGUGGCAGGGCUGCUCUGAGAAGCAGUACACACUGUAAUGGAUGGAGGCUUUGCAAACUGUAAAGGGCUGUGCCCCUCCUCCCAAGCUUCCCCUUUCCCAGCUUCUCUCCAGCCCUCCUUCUUGGCCCCUGCCCUGCCGACCUCUGACCCCUCCUUCCCUCUUGCCUUCCUGCUCCCUCAGGGACUUUCAAGCUACAGAAGACAGACCUGCGGAAAGAGGGCUUUGACCCAGCAGUCGUGAAAGACCCGCUGUUCUACCUGGAUGCCCGGAAGGGCCGCUAUGUCCCGCUGGACCGAGAGGCCUACACCCUUAUCCAGGCCGGUGAGGUGAAGCUGUGAUUUGCCCCAAGUCCCUCUGAGGCCAACAGAUGCUGGAUCCAGAGCCCCAGCUCCCAGCCCAGAGGGUCCUGGGCGAAGCCAGACCAAAGCAAGCAGGGCCCGGCACUGUGACCCCGAGGUGCCGACCCCCGCACCCAAACUGCCAAAAGCCUCAGUGCCACCUCCCCCUUUCCCCGGGGCUUUCUGUGAAAGCCUCAUGUCCACGUUCUGUCUUGGAGGCCAUGCAGAGCCUCUGGCCCCAGGCUGAGACUGAGACCGGGCCCCUCAGGGUGAUGUCUUGGGUCAGAGCAGAGGGGAGCAGAGAGUCACCAAGCACUCCACGGAGAACAGGCAGCUUGUAAAUGGGACCAGGGCGGAAGCCCCCAGACUCAGGAAGCCAGUGGAGUGGGCAGGGGCAGUGGUGGCCACCGAGCGGGUGUCUAAAGGGGAUCCAGGCCCUGGAGCUGAUCGAGUGUCACUCAGCCCUGCCUGUCCCUCCCUGAGAGCAGGAGGAGCACUGGAGCUGCAGCCGGAGGCCUGGCAGGAGCACCCCUCAUCCCCUCCCCUCCCCUCCCCUCUCAGGUGGCUGCCUGGCUGCCCCUCGGGCAGGGCUGUUCUGUCUUUGUGGGUUUGUCCCGGUCACCUGCUCUAUCUCCCCCAGCUAUGAGAGGAGAAGGGGUAGGGGGCGCUCAGGAGCCAAUAAAUUCUGCCUUGACUCCCCCA